AUGAAAUCAAUUAAUUUUCUAAAUAAAACCAAAGGUAUUUUUAAUUAUUAUAAUAAUUUUCAAAGAAAUCAUUGUAGUAUUGUUUUAAAUGGAAAUAAAGAAAAUAAAAUUUCAUCAUUGUAUAGUUGGGGUUGUAAUAAAGACGGUAAACUAGGUAAUAAUAAUGAAUUGGUUGAUUGUGAAGCAUUUCCUAAUAGAAUCUCAAGUUUUCAAAUUAAUAAUAAUCAAAUAAUUGAUAAUCAAUCAUUUAGUAAUAUUGGUAUAAAAGAUAUAGAAUGUGGUCAUUAUCAUACAAUGAUAAUUGAUAAAAAUGAUAACUUAUAUCAAUGUGGUUGGACCUCAUUUGUAGGUAUUAAUAAUUUAACAAAAAAUAAUAAAAAUCUAAUACCAACUAUUAUAAAUCCAUCAUCAUCAUCAUCAUCAUUUAAAAUUAAAAAUGUUAGUGGUGGUAGAAGACAUACAUUAAUAUUAACAAAAGAUGGUAAAGUUUAUUCAUAUGGAAUUGGAUCAGAAUAUCAAUUAGGUCAUGGUGAUAAUCAGAAUAGAUCAGAACCAACUGAAAUUGAACAACUUUCAAAAUAUGCUAUAAUUAAAGUUGUAAGUGGAUGGGGACACUCAAUAGCAUUAUCAAAUGAUGGUAAAUUAUAUUCAUGGGGAUUUUCAAACGAUUCUCAAACUGGUCAUGGAUUCUUAAUUGAUAAUCCAAUCAAAUCACCAAAAUUAAUCGCCAGUGAUUUCAAUUUCAAAAAUGUUUUCUCUGGUAGUGAUUUCGUAAUCACAAUCACUGAUAAAGGUGAACUAAUUACAUUUGGUUCAAAUGAAUUUGGUCAAUUAGGUAAUGGUACAAUCAUUAAUCAAGAAUUUCCAAUCAAUAUAAUUAAUAAUCAUUUUGGUGGUGGUGGUGGUGGUGGUGGUGCUAAUUCAAAAUUUAAUAAAAUUAUUGAAUCAGCAGGUAAAGGUAAAUUUGAUAAAAGGAUAUCAUGUGGAUUUUCACAUUGUUUAAUUUUAAAUGAUGAUGGUGAAUUAUUUACAUUUGGUUGGAAUGGUAAUGGUCAAUUAGGUAUUGGACGAUCCAAUAGUAAUAAUAAUAAUACAUAUGAAUCAAUACCGAUAAAAUUAGAUUCAAGUUUAUUUAAUGGUGAAAAGAUUGAAAUGGUAUCUGCUGGUAGAAAUCAUUCAGUUGCUUUGACUGAAUCUGGUAGAUUAUAUCUUUGGGGUAACUCAAAUCAUGGUAAACUUGGCAAUGGUACUGUAUCUGGUAAUAUCUAUGAACCAACGGAAUUAUUUGAUUUCGAUGAAUCUGUACCACAAUCAUUUCCACUAGAAUUUCAAAAAGUUUUAAAUAUUUCAACUGGUUUUGAUCAUACAAUUAUAGAAUUAUUAGAAUAA